AUGGCAGAUGUUAGGCAAAAGAAAGUUGUCCAACAAAAAGGAAAUUUUUCGAUCCAAGAAGAUGAACUCUUAUGUCAUAUAUAUCUUGAAAUUUCUCAAGAUCCUAUCGAUGGUGUUAACCAAAAGAAGGAUAAAGUAUGGGCGAGGAUCACUGAAUUGUGGAAUCAAGAUAAGGAUGAGAAUCAGACGAGAACAUCCAAGUCUCUUCAAAGUCGAUUUGUAGAUCUUACUUACUGUGUAAGCAAAUUUCGUGGUGUUGUUCGUCAAGUGGAGGAUGACAAUCCAAGCGGUGCAAAUGAGAAAGAUAUUUGUGCCAAAGCAAAACAAAUUCUACUAGAUGAUCCUAACUUCACAAAGAAGAAACUUCAGUUUGAUCAUGUGUGGCAUAUUCUUAAGGAUGCUGAAAAGUGGGCCGAUACUGAUGAAGACGAACAAGAGCUAUAUAAUGAUGAACUCGACACGUCUCGUCGACCCAUUGGUGUAAAGAAAGCAAAGCUGAAAAGGAAAGAGGCCAAUGAGCAGACCAAGAUUGCUAAACAAAUCAGAGAAUCCAAUUAA